UUGGUCCGUUAACCAUCACCUUCAGGGUGCUCCCUAGUGAAAGAAUGAUCAUCAAAAAAAAUCCUUUUGUUCAGUCUGGUGGCCGCUACAGGCCACCUCACUGCUUGGCCCGCUACAAAUCAGCCAUCCUUGUAGCCUACAGGAACCAGGAGAAGUACCUGCACCAUCUUCUCUACUAUAUUCAUCCUUUCUUGCAGCGCCAGCAGCUCAGUUACAGUAUCUACUUGAUUCAGCAGGUGGGGAAUGGUACAUUUAACCGAGCAAAGCUGCUUAACGUUGGUGUCCGGGAAGCCCUGAAGGAUGAAGACUGGGACUGCCUUCUCCUGCAUGACGUGGACUUAGUCCCUGAGAAUGAUUAUAAUCUCUAUGUUUGUGAUGAAUACUAUCCCAAGCACAUGGCUAGUGCCAUGGAUAAGUUUCAGUACAUUCUGCCAUAUAAAUCCUUUUUUGGGGGUGUAUCUGCUCUGACUCCAGAACAUUACAUGAAGAUGAAUGGGUUUCCAAACACAUACUGGGGCAGCGGUGGUGAAAAUGAUGACAUUGCUGCAAGGAUUCGGUUAGCAGGAACGAAGAUAGUUCGGACAUCCCCUCACCUUGGACGCUACAAAGUGAUGGACUACAAUGAAGAGGCUGAGACACAAGAGCCUUGGAGAAGGCCUGCUACCCGACAUGACACCAGAAAAACAUGGAAGGAUGAUGGAAUGAAUUCAUUAGAGUUCAAGCUCCUUUCCAAGACAAGGCAUCCUCUUUAUACCAACAUCACUGUGGACAUUGGAUAUGUUCCCCCAUUUUCUUAAGAGAACGAAAACAAAGGCAGAGUUUGGGCUCUGCAUGGCAGCAUGCAUAUGGGCAUUUGGCCUCUACCUC